AUGGGAGACAAUUCAUCGGCCAAGGUUUUGAAAGCUUCCUUCAAGAACUUGGCGUUAAGCACCAGGUUGAUCAAUCCUGUGGUUGUAUCCCCAACUAUUGCUGCAGUUGGACUUUCAUUUUACAGUUAUGGUUUUCCGCUAGUUGGUACAUGUCUCGAGAUUGGUGCAGUGCAGAUAUUAGUGGUUAUUGUUUUUUCUCUUUAUCUUCGUAAGAUUUCUGUUCUUGGACAUCGCAUAUUUCUAAUAUAUGCAGUUCCUUUGGGUCUGGCAAUCACAUGGGCAGCUGCUUUCUUGCUGACUGAAGCGGGGGUCUAUAACUACAAAGGGUGUGACAUAAAUAUACCCGCCUCAAAUAUGGUUUCUGAGCACUGCAGAAAGCAUGUCUCAAGGAUGAAGCAUUGUCGAGUUGAUACUUCUCAUGCAUUGAAAUUAUCCCCAUGGUUUAGAUUUCCUUAUCCAUUACAAUGGGGUACUCCUGUCAUCCAGUGGAAAAUGGCUCUUGUGAUGUGCGUGGUUUCCUUAAUCUCAUCUGUGGAUUCGGUUGGUUCAUAUCAUGCAUCUUCAUUAUUGGUAGCAUCCAGACCUCCGACUCCCGGAAUUCUUAGUCGAGGAAUUGGUUUAGAAGGUAUUUGUAGUGUCUUGGCUGGUCUCUGGGGAACUGGAACAGGGUCUACUACCUUAACUGAAAAUGUUCAUACAAUUGCUGUCACCAAAAUGGGAAGUCGCAGAGCAGUUCAAUUGGGUGCCUGCUUUCUGAUAGUGUUGUCUCUCGUGGGUAAGGUGGGAGGGUUUAUUGCUUCAAUUCCUGAAGUCAUGGUUGCUGGUCUCCUAUGCUUUAUGUGGGCAAUGCUUUCAGCACUGGGCUUGUCAAAUCUACGCUAUAGUGAGGCUGGAAGCUCUCGCAACAUCAUCAUAAUUGGGUUAUCGUUGUUUUUCUCUCUUUCCAUACCUGCCUACUUUCAACAAUAUGGUAUCUCUCCAAAUUCCAAUUUGUCAGUGCCAAGUUAUUUUCAACCCUACAUUGUGGCUUCUCAUGGGCCUUUCCGCACCAAAUAUGGAGGGUUAAACUACUUCCUGAACACAAUCUUUUCACUACACAUGGUGAUAGCAUUUCUUGUGGCUGUGAUCUUGGAUAAUACUGUGCCAGGCAGUAAGCAGGAACGUGGGGUAUACGUUUGGUCCGAACCAGAGGUUGCUAGAAGCGAGCCUGCUGUUGCUAAUGACUAUGAGUUGCCCUUGAGAGUUGGUAGGCUUUUCAGAUGGGUGAAGUGGGUUGGCUUGUGAAUGAAAAAGGUUUUGUUGGCUGAACUGAACAUCUUGGGCUCAAUCAUGGGUAGUUUAGUUGAUCAUGUUACAGAGUCAAUUUGUGUACAUUGGAGUUCCGGAGGGGUCUAUUUGUGUUAUAAUUUAUUAGAUUAGCAUGUAUCUAUCUAGUUUU